CUCUGCUUUCUGCAUCAUCAAUCCAUACACACGGAAAACAGACACACGUAGAACUAGAAAGGAUGAGCAGCCUCAAUGGUGCAGCUGAACAACAGAGGCCAACCUUCACUCACUUGGCCCACCACCACCCCUUAGAGCUAGCCAAUGGCCUAAACAACCACCUCGUAAGCUGCUCGGGCUGCACCCUCCCUAUCCUCGGAGGCAAGGACUACUAUACUUGCCGGCCUUGCUCCUUCUCCCUCCACUCCUCCUGCUUUAAAAUGCCUCCUUCCCUUCGCCACCCUUCCCACCCUGCCCAUGAACUUCGCCUUUCCUGCUCCUCCACCACUGCUGCUCCAUGCCAGGCCUGUGCCCAGCCGAUUGCUCCCAGCUCAGGAGGCGGCUUCUUCUACAGCUGCCAAUUUUGUCCUGUCCACUUCCAUUCGCUUUGCCUAUUCCGGCCAGUCUCCAUCUCCCACCCUUUCCACCCGGUCCACGAGCUGUCCUUGAAGUUCUCCUCCCCUUAUGGAGCCGGUGUUGGGUUCCGUUGCGAUGUAUGUGGGAAUCCUGGGCUGCCUGAUCAGUGGCUCUACCGGUGUGAUAUGUGUGACUUUGACAUCCAUGCUGAAUGCUCAGCUGCCACAUCAGCUGUCACAACCACCCGGAGCGCCCUGACAGCCGGGUCACCAGGUGGUGCUCCACCUCAACCUCCGCUACCUGCGGGCUAUCCCCCUUCCCUACCUCCAACAAACUCUGGAGUGGCAUAUCAGGGAGCAACUACCGUCCAGCUUCAACAACCACAGCCUGCUGUAGGAAUGGGAAUGAACCAAACACAACUGCAGUCAUGGUCUGGAUAUCAGCAGCCUGCGGGUGUCGGAGCUGGAAUGACCCAAGCACCGCCACAGGUUAUCGGCGGCGGUUAUUCUAACCCCAUGUCUUAUCCUAUCCAGACAGUGGGUGCAGUGCCAGUCGCUCCUGCUCCAGCAAUGGGAAUGGGAAUGGGAAUGGGAACACUGGUGAUGGCGGGAGUCGCCACAGGUGUAGGAGAAGGGAUAGGACAAGGAAUUUUUCAGAGCACUGCGAGUGCUUUUGGUGGACACGACUCCUCGGGUUUAUCAGAUCAGCACAUCAUCUGAUACGUUCCAAAUCCUCGGGUCAUGGACUUAUGUUUCUGCGGUUUCUGUUUUUCGCUUCUUCGUUCAGGUGUUCUUGAUAUAGAACGGAGUGUUUUAACUUCCUGAGCAGGUGGACUACUAGAAAUUAGUCCUUGUUCUUUUCUUUCCUGCAACUCCGUUAUUUUACAGUCCCAUGUUUGCUAUAUUGAAACUUUCUUUUUCCAUCGACCUGUAAGAAGGUAUCACAUGACGGACCCAUUUAUUGAAUGAAAGAGACUUUGAAUUAA